AUGCUGUUAAAGGUUUAUCUACUGAUCGUCACAGUUGUGGCUAUCCAGGCUGAGCGUCCGGCGAGAGCUCCCUACGCUGCUUCUGGCUGGCGCCCAGAGGUGCCAUUUAAUCUACCUGGCGAGUAUCUGCCACCACUUGGUUCCAGCAUAGAGAUCAGCAAGGAGCGAGUCGAACACGCGGGCACUUUUAAUGCACCGCAGCCAAACUCGAAUUUCUUACCACCUCAAUUCGAUGUGCCACAACAGGAGCAGCAGGAACAGCCUUUGCCAAGUGCGAAUCAAGCAGAGACCGUUAACAGUGAUCGGCAGCAAAAGCCGGCAUCUCAAUAUGGAGCUCCAGCUGAUGGUGGCUUUAGGAUAAUCUAUCCCGAUGAAGAUGACUCGGCUUCCUUGACUCAGCCACAGUCAAACAUUAAAGAAGGUCGAUACUAUAUCGUAUCUCCAGAUAAUAAACUACAGCGAGUUAUUUAUCGCACGGUAGAUGCAAAAGGCGAUGACUUUACGGCACUGCUCAAAUAUUCAUCGGUGGGCGAGUUACAGGAUCCGGUUUAUAAAUAUAAUUCUCAGGGACAAUUGGAGCGUGUGCUGAAGUAAAUAUUUGAAUAUUUACACAUGAAUUUGGUAAAUGAAUUCACAACUCCAAAUAUUAUAAAAAAAGUGGAAUUUAUUUGAUUAAAUGCAAAAUUUCUUAAACCAGUGA